AUGUUGGAAACCGGUCGCAAACGCAGCGAGCGAUCACGGAAGGACAAGAGCCGGGUGGCGAGCUACAACGCCGCCCAGCGACAAAACCAAAACGUGCGGAAGCCCUGGGUCGCCCACGUCAACGCCGAGCUCAACACGGCCAGCAAGGCAGCGGCGGCAACAACGGCGGCGGCGGCGGCGGCGGCGACGGUGGCGGCGGUAACGACGGCGACGUCGAUGACGACGACAGCAGUUGUAUCGGAAGCAGGAGUAGCAACAGCAACUGCAGCGAGUCCGGCGGUGCCAGGGGCGGCGGUAAUUGGGGAAUCUGCAAUAGUGGUAGCGACGACUGAUGCUUCCGCUGCUGUGCCACCGACAACGUUGGGGGUUGUUGGGCCGGCUGCUGCGGCGGCAGGAGUCGUAGGAUAAGCAUGGGAGGGUGAGCGAAGGCUGACUGCGCUGCCUCUUUGGCAACAGAGUUGUUGGUGGACGACGUGGCGAGCAGAGUUGAUCCAAAUCAAGGCUUGUUUGCUUCGAGCACCAUUCCGGUGUAUUUUCGAGCGCCCUUACGACUGCAACGUUGUGAUUCACGAUCACGUUUUGGUUCUUGCUUUGCCGGAGGCGAAGGUGGCUGUGGUGUUGGCGACGUAAAGAACGCAAAGGCUAAAGGAAGAGUGACACUUACGCCGCUCUUGCGGUGAUGAGCGAACCCCACAAUCUCUUGUGCAGAGCGCGUGGUUCGUUUGUCUGUGUGGACCGGCCAAUCGAGUUUCACACUCGAAUCCCCCGCCGUGCAAGCGAAAGACGAUCUUAUUUUCCGUAUCGAACUGCUACCGGCAACCUGAUACCGAUGU